AUGGAAGACCAAUGUCAUGUUGCGACUACUACGCAUAUAUGUUACAGAUGCGUCAAGGUCAUGAAAAUCCUCUACAUUGAGGAGGACGCCUCUUACAAAAGUAACGUUGGUCGUAGAACAACUCUGUCAUCAUUGUUUAUUGGAAGCCCACGUGACAUGUACCAACAAUAUCAAGAUGCAAUGGCUUUGGUUCAAAAAUAUAGUCGGCCGGAUCUUUUUAUCAUCAUGACCUGUAACCCAAAUCGGGAAGAAGUUAGAAGUGAACUACUCCUCAGACAAACCCCACAAGACCAUCCUGAUUUAGUCACCAGGGUAUUUGAUGCAAAAUUUGAGCAAUUAAAAGAAAACAUCAUCAACAAGGGGUUGCUGGGAAAAGUGGUUGCACCUGCUUUCGUUGUUGAAUUUCAAAAAUGGGGCCUAUCACAUGUUCAUAUGUUGAUUAUGUUAGAAGAAAAUGACAAGCUUAAUAACCCUGAUGAAUAUGAUCGCAUUGUUAGAGCUGAAAUACCAUAUGAGGACGAGGAGCCUCAACUUUAUGAUGCAGUGUGUACACAUAUGAUUCAUGGUCUAUGUGGAACUCUUUACUCAAGGCAGUCAUGUAUGAAAAAUGGGAGUUGCAAUAAAGGCUACCCAAAACCAUUUGCAAAUUUCACUAUGCAAGGGAAUGAUGCAUAA